AUGGAGCCGUCUUUUACAGAGAUCCCCCACAUCGUGCUCAUGCCGGGCGUGACUGCUCCGGCUAGUGAGGCCUACGACCCUUCUCUGCUCGCUGAGGACCCGUUCAUGACCCGGGUGUCUCGAUUCCAGUGUCAUCCUCCCCUGGAUCAAUCUAAAUCUCGGGAGGCCUCUCUGACCCCGCAGACAUGGUGGGACGGCGAUGAAGCGAACUCAACCGAGAGCUAUCUGCCCGAUUACAACGUCUAUCCGGAGCCCUUCUCGCCCUGGAAUAGUGGGAUUUCUACCAACUCCGACGCUCAGAGCCCCCGCAGCAGCAACAGUGGCAGUGCUUCACGCAUGAGCUGCAUCGUCUCUCCUUCAUUCCGGCAUGAGGAUGUCCCGAUCACCGGGGUUGGUGAGCAGGGCGGGUACCCUGCUCCCGACAGUCUGGUUGAUAUCGAUCGCUCAGCAAUGAUUCCCAAGCUUCCCAUGUUCGAAGUUCAGCCAGAUCACCUAUCUCCUUAUGAACACGACUUUGACUCCCGGGGCAGCAGCCAGUCAGACCGCAACAUGACUUCCGAACAACCAUGGUCCUCUCCUCCCCCCGAUCCCAUAGCCUGCCCACAGCCUGCACGCCGGUCCAAAGCCCGACCUACCUCCACCCAAAAGAUACGCAAACCCAACAAGCCACGGCCAACAUCUACAUCGGGCCGAAACCGCCGAAGGCGGCUUGUGACUGGUGAGAGCAACGGUGAUAAUGCAACGCCACGGCGGUUCGUGUGCAGCUUUGCUCCAUAUGGAUGCGAAAGCACCUUCGUCUCGAAAAACGAGUGGAAGAGGCAUGUGACCUCGCAGCAUCUACAACUAGGCUUUUAUCGCUGCGACGUGGGCAAGUGCAACAUACGCACACACCAGGGCAGCCCCAGCCGUUGCCUGACACCCUCUCCAUCCCCAAAAUCCACCAGUUCAAAUCCGGUCCCGGGCCAACCCAACGACUUCAACCGCAAAGACCUAUUCACUCAACACCAACGCCGCAUGCAUGCCCCCUGGCUUCAAUCGGGCCGGCGGCGAACACCAACAGACACCGAACACGCCGCCUUCGAAGACAGCUUAGGACAAGUGCGCCAACGCAGCUGGCACAGUCUGCGCCACCCACCACAACAAAGCCACUGCGGCUUCUGUCGCGAACUAUUCACCGGCGAAGGAAGUUGGGAUGCGCGGAUGGAGCAUGUCGGGCGACACUUCGAGCGGGAGGACCGAGCGAAUCUGGGCGAGGAGUUGGAAGACCUAUCAUUGCGUGACUGGGGACUCCGUGAGGGGGUUUUGACACUUGCAGAUGGCAAAUAUCUGCUGGCUUCAUUGGCAAGGGUUGAGCUCUGA